AUGGAAUCAUACUACUAUCUCCAGAGUCGAGCCCGAUGGAAUGGAACGCUGGCGAUGGGGGGUCCAGGAGGGGAAUUUCGAGCCCAUCUCCGCUCCAACCAACCGUCCAACACAAGCAACCCCCCUCCUCCGCCGAUCGGAAUUCCCCAGAUCCGCACCUCCGCUCAUGUCAGCAGCAUCCGAGCGUCCUGUGGAGGAGGAUUCUGGAUUCAGGAUCACAAGCAUUUGCAUCCACCAGACAUACCGACGUCGCCUGAUCCUCCUCUGAACCUAGGCAAUCUCCUCCCCAGCAUAUUAAAUUCCGUCGUCUCCCCCCCAUCUGCGUCUCCUUCGAUUCCAUUUGGCGCUCGUAUCCCCCACAGCCAUGUCUCCCACCCCCUCCCCCCCCUCCCCGCCGACCCCUUCACCAAAGACCAAUGGACCACCCUCCUCGCCCUCGGCGACACCAUCGUCGCCUCCCUCGAGCCCGCCUCGCCCGCCAACGCAGCCUCCACCACCGUGCUCCCCAUCCCGCAGGACGAAUACAGCGCGUCUGUGGCGACGGCGAAGCGGUUCGCGGCGGCGGACGCGGACCCAAAAAAUAUUGAGGCGUGGAUGCGGGAGAAGCCGUCAGAGAAUGAGGAGUUGAAACUACAGCUGUGGAGGUUUUUGGGGAGUUAUACGCCGGAGGAUUUGAGGAAGCAAUUUAAGUUGGUGUUGACAUUGUUGAACUACCGUGCCGGCACCCUCGUCCUGGGUGGCUACGCCACCUCCUUCGCCGACCUCCCCCUCUCUUCCCGCCACGCCAUCCUCCUCUCCUGGCAGAAAUCCCGGAUCCCCAUGCUACGCCAGCUCCUGAAGAGCAUGAGUAUGAUCUUCAAGCAGCUUGCGGCCAAGACGUCGCCCUCCCUCUACAACCUCAUCGGAUUCCCACGCAUCCCGGUCCACGGCGAGCCGGUCCCCGGGUUCGAUUUCAAGUUCAUGCAGUUUCCGCCAGUCACAGGGGUGUAUGUGGGAAAAGGGCCGGCGCCGGAGCCCGAGGAGGUUUUGGAGACGGAUGUGGUGGUCGUGGGGAGUGGAUGCGGUGGAGGUGUGUCGGCGAAGAAUAUUGCGGAAAUGGGGUUGAGGGUUAUCGUCACGGAGAAGUGGUACCAUUGGCCGUCUGAGCAUAUGCCGAUGAAUGAGACCGAUGGGAUGGUCCAUAUGUUUAUGGACGGAGGUGGCAUCGUUGCCGACGACUCCGAUCUCAUUGUCCUUGCUGGUGCCACGUGGGGUGGAGGCGGCACCAUCAACUGGUCCGCCUCUCUCCAAACCCAAGGCUACGUCCGCAAAGAAUGGGCCGAGAAAGAUAAACUCCCCUUCUUCACCAGCGCCGCCUUCCAAACCUCCCUCGACCGCAUCUGCGAGCGCAUGGGCGUCUCCGACAAAUUCAUCGAGCACAACCACGCCAACCGCGCCGUCCUCGACGGCGCCCGCAAACUCGGCUGGGCACACAAACCCGUCCCACAGAACACUGCCGGCAAGCAACACUACUGCGGCUACUGCACUCUCGGCUGUGGCGCUUGCGUGAAGCAAGGCCCUGCUAACUCCUUCCUCCCGGACGCCGCCAACGCCGGCGCGCAGUUCAUCGAGGGCUUCGACGCGCGGGAGAUCGUAUUCGAGAAGGCGCUCAAAAACGGCAAGCGCGUCGUGUCGGGCGUGCGCGGCGUGUGGACCUCACGCGACGAGAACGGCGGCGUCGCUGGCGCCCAGCGCACUGUCCGCAAGGUGUUCAUCAAGGCGAAGCGCGUCAUCGUCUCCGCCGGCACCAUGCAGUCGCCGCUGCUCCUCCUCCGCUCCGGGCUGAAGAACAAGAACAUCGGGCGCCACCUCAAAGCGCACCCGGUCAAUGUCGUCGGGUUGAUUUACGACCAGGAAACCCGCCCGUGGGAAGGUGGGAUCCUCACCUCGGUGGUCAACGAGUUCGAGAACCUCGACGGGCACGGCCACGGCGCGAAGAUCGAAACCGCCGUCAUGCUCCCGUCCACGUUCCUUACCUUCCCCGUGUGGCGCGACGCUGUCGACUGGAAGCGCCUCGCCACCAAAACCCGCCACGCCGCCUCCAUGUUCGCCAUGGCGCGCGACAUCGGCGAGGGCUAUGUGUAUCCCGACCCCGUCGACGGCCGCACCCGCUUCCACUACCACGUCCACCCCCGCGACCGUGCCCACAUCCUCGAAGGCCUCUGCGGCAUCAUCAAACUCGCCUACAUCACUGGCGCCCGCGAAAUCAUCCCCGGCAUCCCCAGCAUCCCCCCCUUCGUCCGCGCCGGGCCCAUCCCCGCCUCCUCAUCCUCCUCAACGUACAACAACCCGUAUCCCGCGCCCCGCGACCCCGCGCACCCGCCGCCGCCGGCGCAUCCGGAAUCCGACUACCCACACGCCCCCUCGACGCUCGACGACGCCGGCGUCAACGACCCCGCGCUGCUCGCGUACCUCGCGCUCAUCCGCAAGACGGGGCUGUCGUACCCCGACGUGCAGUUCGUGAGCGCGCAUCAGAUGGGGACGUGCCGCAUGGGGGCGUCGCCGAACGUGAGCGUAGUGGAUCCGACAGGGGCAGUGUGGGGCACCGACGGGGUGUAUGUGGCGGACGCGAGCGUGUUUCCAAGCGCGAGCGGGGUGAAUCCAAUGGUGACGAAUAUGGCGAUUAGUGAUUGGCCUUUUCUGGAUUAUGGACGUCCAAACUUCGGCAUUUCAUGCUGCUCUCCUUCAGGUCGCAAAAUAGGGGCUUUUGGUCACGUGAAUUAUGCCCCAGCUUCACCCCUUUCUCGAAUCACCUUCGACGUUCGACUUUCAUCAUCCCAACCUAUGCCUAUCAAGACAGUAAUGCCAUCUGGUACCCAUUAUCCUCAUCGCCGAUCCAGUAUGGAGGCCCAAUACCGAGUAAUCUCACCCCGUUCAACACGCGUCUCAUUGGUUACCAGCCUAUUUCAGUUCAUAUAG